AUGGGAUGGAGUAGCUACAACCAUUACUCAUGUUCGCCGAAUGAGGCAAUCAUUCGCUCAAAUGCAAAGGCAUUAGUUGAUUUAGGCCUCGACGCACUUGGUUAUCGGUAUGUUGGAAUCGACUGCGGGUGGACAGUUGCACAUCGACUUUCGAAUGGAUCUUUGACAUGGAAUGAAACACUGUUCCCCAGCGGGUUCCCAGCUUUAGGGGAAUACAUUCAUGACCUGGGUUUGCUUUUCGGGGUCUAUGAGGAUGCAGGUAUCAAUACUUGUGACACGGGCAUUGAACAAGCAGGCAGUUUGUUUCACGAGCAACAAGAUGCGGCAACGUUUAUGUCCUGGAACAUUGAUGCCCUUAAAUAUGACAAUUGUUACUCCCAGGAAGAUACAGGCUAUCCAAACGUAGAGUACACCCCAAGCACAUCUCCACGCCCGCGAUACGCCAACAUGACCAACGCUCUAGCAGCACAAGGCAAGAAAGUCCUUUUUCAAAUCUGCGAAUGGGGAGUCGACUUCCCAGCUCUUUGGGCGCCGGAAUUGGGCCACACAUGGCGUAUUGGCAAUGACAUAAUUCCCGCCUGGCGAGCCAUCUUCCGAACCCUGAACCAGGCGGUCCCGCAGACAAAAUUUGCAGCACCUGGUCAAUGGCCGGAUCUGGAUAUGAUGGAAGUUGGGAAUGAGAUCCUGACAACACCGGAAGAACAAACACAUUUUUCGCUCUGGGCUAUUUUGAAAAGCCCACUGGUAAUUGGUGGCGCAUUGAAGGAUGAACGGACGGCGAUUAGCGAUGCGUCUUUGUCGAUUCUGUCUAACAAAGACGUCAUUGCAUUCAAUCAGGACUCCCUGGGUCAGAGUGCUAGUCUUCGACGUCGCUGGUCGGAUCAGGGAUAUGAGGUCUGGAGUGGCCCUUUGUCUGGGGACCGAACAGUCGCGGCCGUUAUCAACUGGGCUGGUGAAGCUCGAGAGUUGACUCUGAAUCUGCCUGAUAUUGGAUUACAGUCUGCUGCUACUGUAAAGAAUAUCUGGAGGAAGAAGACGUCGUCGAAUACUAAGACAGCUUACACUGCCUCGGUUGAGCCCCAUGGCGUGAUGCUUCUUGAAUUUCAGAAUACAGCCCCGGCUGGGACUUACUCAAGCGGGAAAUUCGCCACCGUGAACGGAAACCGGACCACAUUCCAUUCAGUUUACGCCAAUACAACUAGUCCAAACCACACGAUAACAAUCGAAUUCAGCGCAACUGCUACAUCGAAUACAACACUCCUUCUCCAAUCAUCAUCGGAGAGGGUGAGUCUUCCGGUGCCAAUUUCCGCACAAAGCAUCUCGACCAGAAUCUCCCUCACCGCAGGCUCUUCGAACAAAAUCAUCAUUUGGUCGAGUGGUUCGACAAAGUCGAUAAAGUCAAUCCGAAUCUCCGCACCAUCGGGUAGAUACUAUCCCUGCACUUCUUUUACACUGGGCGGAUCUACCAAACUCGAAGGGUGCGACACUGGCUUCUGUACUCCUGUCGGGUCCAAGAUCGGCUAUAUUACUGCGGAUAGCACUGCGCAGGUCACGAUCCCAGCAACCGUCGGAGAUGGGUCUGGAAAUAUUACAGCUGCUAAAUAUCUGGAAAUUGAUUAUAUCAAUAACGACAUUGCCCUUGCGACCAGCUGGGAUUGGGGAUCUAGUUCUAGGAACUUAACAAUUUCUGUCAAUGGUGGAGACGCUGUUCGACUGGAGGUGCCGUUGACGGGUCGGCAUAGCGAGUUGUUCGGCCCCGCUAAAGGGUGGUGGGAUAGCUCGAGGCUGGGAGUUUUGGUUGAUGGAUGGAAGAAUGGUCCGAAUGAUGUUGUCAUUGGAAACGAGGUUUCUGGAGAUGUCUUCCAGACGUAUGGUGCUGACUUUGUCGGUCUACAUGUAUACGACUAG